CAGAAAUAUUUCCCCUUUUCUUUGGUUCUGCCUUGAAUCUCCUUGUUUCGGUUUUCCCGGUCGCCGGGCGUCGCUCUUCUAGGGUUUCGGUUUUUCCCGGUCGAUGAAGGAUAUCAAAUCUAGGGUUACGAUUUCACCAUCAGUAUCAGCAGAAGAAGAAGAAGAAGAAGAAGAAGAAGAAGAAGAAGAAUUCUUUCUGGUUUCCAGAAGAUGAGUGCUGUCAACAUUACGAACGUCGCCGUUUUGGACAACCCCGCCGCCUUUCUCAACCCCUUCCAGUUUGAAAUCUCCUACGAGUGCUCGACUCCUCUCAAAGAUGAUUUGGAAUGGAAACUCACAUACGUUGGUUCUGCUGAGGAUGAGACCUAUGACCAACUCUUAGAGAGUGUGCUUGUUGGUCCUGUCAACGUUGGCAACUACCGGUUUGUCCUUCAGGCAGAUCCACCAGACCCAUCAAAAAUCCGAGAGGAAGACAUUAUUGGUGUCACGGUACUGCUACUGACUUGUUCUUACUUGGGACAAGAAUUUAUUAGAGUGGGAUACUACGUGAACAAUGAUUAUGAUGAUGAACAACUGAGGGAAGAACCUCCAACAAAGGUUUUGAUUGAUAGGGUCCAGAGAAACAUUUUAGCCGACAAACCAAGAGUCACGAAGUUCCCAAUCAACUUUCACCCCGAGAACAAUGAGCAUGAGGAGCAGCCACCCCCUUCCCCUGAUCACAAUGAACGUGAAGAGCAGCCUCCUCUCUUGCCCGAUCAUGCGAUUCACGUCACUGAAACCAAUGGCACCGGAGAAGAACCACCUUCCUCAUCUCAAUCAUCAUUAGUAUGACAAGCAGCGGUUUUUAGCUAAAGUGGCUAUUAUGCAUUUGACAUUUUGACGUGGAGAUUGUUUCAGAUGGUAUUGGCUCUCCAAAUUUCAAACGUCUCCAUUUGCUAAAUGCUUUGACAAAUACAUUCUGGAGUACCAAGUGGAACAUGCUAUGUCCUCAUUUUCUCUGUGGAUCCAUAGGAUAAUACAAGGUUGAAUAUUUUCUAAUGUCCCAUGUGAUUGACUCAAAAUUUGUCUUUCAAAGUUUCGUUGUUCAGACUCAUAUGUUUCAAUCUUAUGGGAACAUGUUGUACUGCUGGCUUUACCAAGCAAAAACUCAGAGUCUUGACUUAAAAUCUGAUUGGAAAAAAGCGUGCGGUCUUUAGCAGAAAUAUUUAACAUACAGAGAUUUUUACAUAUUUUUGUGAAAGCAUUUGCAUAGUCUGAAUUUGAAUGUAUGUCUAUUUGCAUAUCUAUUUUCAUACAUGAAUACAUUUUGUGUAACCGUGUAUGAUUGACGACUUGGCGAGAUAUUAA